GACAAACUCUCGACUGCAGUUUAUUUCCUGCGUUUUGAAAAUCUCUUCGCUGGCACUGAACUGGAGCUAAGUUACUGAAGAGAUUUCACGUCUUUGUCUUGUCUCUAAAGCUGCUCCAUGGGACGUAAUAUAACCUUUAGCCUUGCUGGAGAUGUCUGGUAACGCAACAACAGUGCAGGAUAAUGGUUUAGGACGCGCUCUGGAGAAUGAUGAAUAAUUAUAUUUUCAUCAGGGUCGUUGGGAAAGGCAGCUACGGGGAAGUGAACUUAGUCAAACACAAAACAGACCGAAAACAGGUAAGAAACACAAGUAUAACAUAUUGCGGUAUUUCCCAAUAGUUCACAGGCACUUAAAUAAGCAUCGUAUGGUGUUAGCAGUAGUGUUUGCCAGACUUUGAGGUGCAAUGUUCCCCUUGACUUAGCUUUAAGUUGCUAUAGUAGGCUAAAGAUUCACAGAUGAGUCCAUAUAUGUGUGUUAUUUUUAAAUAAAUGUAGUGAUUAUUAGUAUUAUUAGUAAAGAUGAGUUAUGUCGGUGUUUUCAUGCAAAUAACACACACUUAGCAUGUGUUGUGUAAGUGUGCUGAGAUUUUUUAUCAACUUCUUUGUAACGAUGUCAACUCUAACUAUAAUAUCUGCUGAGCUCCACUGUGGCUGCUAUUGAGAGGAGGUUUUUAAGUUUGAGUUAUAGUUUGAUUGUUUGAGUAUUAUUAUUAUUAUUAUUAUUAUUAUUAUUAUUAAACCAGGUUUGUCCCACUGAGAUCCAAGAUCUCUUGCAAGAGAGACCUGGCCAAGAAUGUCAGCACAUACAGUUUUAAUACAAUAAUCACAUUAAUCAUACAGAAUGCAAGGAAUACAUAUGAUAAUAUUUUCAAAAUUAGUGAAAACAAUUUACAAGAUCGGUCAAACAUUUGCACUCAAAUAAAAUAAUUGCACUCCUGAAGCCUGGAUGUAAUGAAAUUUAUCAUGGAUACCAAGAUGGCCAAUUUACUUUACUGUAUAAGGCACAAUGAAGAGUUAGAGCUCCACAGUUUGGAAUAAACCUCAGAGCACCAUGAUACACACUAUCCAGCAUGUGGAGGCAUUGAACAGAGGCAUUCAUAUAACACAUCACCGUAAUCAAUAAUCAGAAGAUAGGUUGACUCCACUAGUUUCUGUUUCACUCAUAGUCUGUAGAGUAUACAGUACUAUAUAUUCUAUAUACACAAUACUGUAUAUAGUAUAUACAGUCUAUAGUUUCACCCUAAAAGAGAAGCAAGACUUAUUUCUAAAGUAAAAUCUAAGUAAAAGCUUCAGCUUCUUUAUAGUGUACUGAAUAUGUGCCUUAAAGUCAAGUGGUCGUCAAUCAAGAACCCCAGGUAUUUAAAAGUAGAUACAAGUUCAAUUUGUUGACCAUUACUGGUGACAAUGACACACUGACUUGAUCUUGCUGAUAUAGAGGUCUGGUUUUGUAGUCAGAGCAGAAAGCAAAGAUCAGCUCAGAGAGUAAUAAUCAUAUUUUGAUCAGCAGUCUUGACAAGAUCUGUGAACUCAUGUGUUCCCCUAAGUAACUCCAACCAACACAGUACUGUAAUAAUAUUUAAAAAGGAUCAUCUUAAAGUUCUUUGCAGUCUGGUUAAAAUGCGGAAGUUCCUUUAAAUACACAUUUGAUGUUCAGAGUUUUUCAUCUCUGAACUAGUACAUUCCCACUUAUUCACCUUCUUUAUUCAACAGUAUGUUAUCAAGAAGCUGAACUUAACCACCUCUUCCAAGCGGGAGCGUCGAGCUGCAGAGCAAGAGGCGCAGCUUCUGUCCCAGCUGCACCAUCCCAACAUUGUGACUUACAGAGAGUCUUGGGAGGGAGAUGACUGCCAGCUCUAUAUAGUGAUGGGCUUCUGUGAAGGCGGAGACCUUUAUCAUCGACUCAAACAGCAAAAAGGGGAACUCUUACCUGAGAGGCAGGUGGUGGAGUGGUUUGUCCAGAUAGCGAUGGCACUCCAGGUACAAUGAAAGAUUAAAAACAAUGGCUGUGAUGGCAUCUGACAUCAUUUGUUUCUUUGUAAAAUUAAAGGCAUUCAAUAAUUCUGGUCUUGCUUUGCUUUGCAGUACCUGCAUGAGAGGAAUAUUCUCCACCGGGACCUCAAAACACAGAACAUCUUCCUGACCAAGACGAACAUCAUCAAAGUAGGAGACCUGGGCAUUGCACGAGUAUUAGAGAACCAGAAUGAUAUGGCCAGCACACUCAUAGGGACCCCAUACUACAUGAGUCCAGAGCUCUUCUCUAAUAAACCAUAUAACUACAAGGUAAUUCAGAUAUAUCUUUAUCGGUGUAGUUAAUUCACAAAUAAUUAUAGGAGCUGCUUUACAAAUGAUGCUUUUUUCCUCCAGUCGGAUGUGUGGGCCUUGGGCUGCUGUGUGUAUGAAAUGUCCACACUGAAACAUGCCUUUAAUGCCAAGGACAUGAACUCACUAGUCUAUCGCAUUGUGGAAGGAAAGGUAGGUUUUACCUCUUUGUCAUGUCAUCUACAAGACAACAAUAUAAUUCAGUUCAGCAAAUCAGUUUCUGGAGUUUGUUGUUUCUUAGUGUCAAAAAAGUGGCAUAAUUUUAUUUAAAAAUAACUUAUAAUAUCUCUCUCUGGUUUCCUCAUCAGCUGCCACAAAUGCCCAGCAGGUAUGAUCCCCAGCUGGGAGAGCUGAUCAAGAGCAUGCUGUGCAAGAGACCUGAGGACAGGCCUGAUGUCAAACUCAUUCUCCGGCAGCCAUACAUCAAAAAACAAAUUGCCAUGUUCCUUGAAGCCACUAAAGAGUAGGUAGCAUUGGUAGUAGAUAUCUGAAGUGAUUUGUUUUAUAAUAAAAAUCUUUGCAAUUUGUUUCCUUUUGUUAUUAUUUCAUUUGCAUACUUCUCAUUUUCAGUAAGUGUGAACACAAUUCUGUCCCUCUAUCAAUAGGCCAAGUGAUGAGCACCGUUUAUAAGCUGAGUGAUCUAUUUUUUCUCAGAUGUUUACAUGUUUUGUUAUUCCAACCAGAAAAACUGCUAAGUCAAGAAAGAAAGCUGUGGAUGGCAGCGGUGAUUGUAAGGGAAACAGUGCAUCAACCCCUGCAGCAUCAUCUCAGUCAAAACCGAAGAAGAGCCCCCAGCAUGAACCUCCAACCAGAGUGAAACGGGUGAGUGGCUAGAAGAAAGUGGGGCUACUUUGAUAUGAACAACCCCAAUUUGAUAUUUUUGGUUAUUUCUACAGCUUCGAAGUCUUUUGGUUCUGAACAAGAAUUAGUAGAACAUUGUGGAUAUGCAUAGGUCUAUAUCAAUGUUGAGCCUCCCUCCCUCAAUCAGUGGAGGGGGAGGUUAAAGAAGGUGUACAUGAUGGAAAAGAUAACAGCAAAACUCAAAUUGAGAAUGGAGGAGUUUCAUAUUGUAUGGGCACCUGCCAUUUCCUAUUUAAAAAUACCAGCACAGUGAGACCAAGAAAGUUGUGAUUAUGGAGUAUGACCUCCUUUUCCUGCAUGGGUGUAUAUAUUUCCAAUAGAGCUACUCAUUUUUAUAUUGGUCAAUUUAUGAAGUGUAUGUGACGUAAGAGAGACUGGGCAGGAGGGUAUCCAUGGGGAGAAGAAAAUAAGUCUAGAGGGAGGUAUAACGGGAUAGUUCUUACUUCACCCUCAAACCUUAUUUAAUUUAAUUUUUCGUCACUUGUAUUUUAUAUCAUUUUAUGUAUUUUAUCAUUAUCAUCAUUAUUUUUUCAUGCCAUGCAAAUAACAAUGUAGAUGUGUUUGCCAAGUGUAAAUAGUUGAGUUAAUAAAAUUGUUCAAAUCGCCAUGAUGAUUCUCGUAGUUUACUUUUUAAAUUGUUUUUUCUUCAUCCUCAGAAAGAAGAGAAAUCACAACAACAUAAAGUGCAGAAUGGUGUCCCAGACUGUACCCAUGUACACUCACCUCAACCACCCAAACCCUCCUCCCCUGAUGCUCUUAAAUCCAGCAUCGUAUCAAUGGCAACAGUCAGCAACAUUGACAUUGAUAUCAAACAACCACAACAAGAAGAGGAGGAUUUGCUCAAGAGACAGACACAGGAGUCCCAGUCAGUUUCGUCACAUCACAAGUCAGGUAAUGAGCCUUUGACUCACAGUGUGCACACAGACCGCAAGACAAGAGGAAAACCAGAUCCAUCUCCCCCUCUGAAAUCUGUAUCGGGUGUCGGCAGUAGAGGGAUUGAAGAGAAGGGGUCAUCCAGUGAGCUGCCAGACAUUCACUCAAAGGCCAAAUCCAAUCACGGGGAUACCUUCUCUCUCUGUGCAGAGAGGAAACUGUCACCAGAGGAGGAUAAGGAUGAUACUAUGGAGUUACUCAAAGAGGCUGACAAACAAAACCCAAAGGUCGAAGUGGAGAAAGAGGCUGCAUACUCAGUCCCUGUGAGGAGAGCAGCACAAAAAUCCAACAUGGCUGAUAUUGGGAUAACUGUAGAGAUGAUUUUGGACAAUAACAAUGACACUAUCACGCUUCUUAAGGGAGCUCAGACACAGCACCAUACCUCAGCCACACAAGUAAGCACUCUUAGUCAAAGAUCAGCAUUUGUGUUGUCUAAAUAUUUCUCUGUCAAUGUGUAAUCAUUUUUUUAUUGACAGGAAAACCUAGAAAAUACUGAGAAGCUGUUAGAGCCGUUCCCUCCAAUUUUGGUAAGCAUCUAAACUCUUAUUGUCACUCUGUAAGUUCUUGCCAGCAUUAAGACUAUUUGUUUCCUGUUUAAACCCAGCAUCACAAAAUACAGUUUUUUAUUUCUGAAGAGGAAAGAUCCGGAGCGCACUACAUCUCCUUUUGUUGCAGUUUUUUAUUGUUGUUGUUGUGUGGGAAGAUUUUUGCUUAAGUUUGAAAAGUGUCAAUAUGUCGGUUCAGGAGGAAUCUAUGCAACCAGCCAGCAAGCAGGUUUUGGCCACUACAUGCCAAACUCCUCUAUCUUCACCAUCAGAGCCAUUUGUAUCUGCACAGUUCAGAGGCAGACGGGCGCUUGGAGAGCAGGAUCAGGUAGGGUCACAUCUGCUUCUGUUGCAGAACUGAUCAUUCAUGGCCAGUUAUGAUAGUAGAUUCUAUGACAGACAUGAGACUAAAAAACAACAUCACUGUGAUCAGUCAAAUCUUCGUUAAUAUUUUAUCAAUAAUAAUCUUUUUUGUCCAUUGUUUUAGUCCAAAGUAGCUGCUCCCAGACCUUUACCUCCACCUCCUGUUGUGAACACAGCUGCAGAGGGGAGGAGGAGGACUAAGAGGAGCAUAGAGAGCAAAAGAGCUGGUGGAGAUGCUAUCUCUUCAUCAGUCAGUUCCAUUAAGGAUGGAGUCUUACCACUGGUAGGAAUGUUCCUCCUUUCACAUAUACAGGGACUGAGAGCAGAUACAUCACUGCUGAGAUGUUUGUUUCUUUUCAAAAUGUCCACCCUAAAGCAUACUGUUCUAGAUCAUUAUUUGUAUUCAUGUUAAUGCAAUCUUAAGACAUGGGGUUCUAAUAUUUUUUGAAUGUUUACACAUUGCUAAUUGAUAUUGGGAAUGAAUUAACUGACAAAACAGUUAAAAAUAAAUCAUUUUGUGCUCUAAACUUAUCCCCAUGUCAGCCUUCACUUUUUUAAACCUGCAAUUUCACGUAAAUAAACCCAGAGAAUUAAAUUUAUGUUUUUAGGAUCGUCCUCUGUCUGCCAGAGAAAGACGAAGGCUUAGACAAUCGCAGGAGAGUGCCAGCCAAUCAGGUAUUUUGUGCUUGUUUUCCUUACUGGGCCAUGAUAUUGUGCUUUCAAAUAAACUGGAGACUGAAAUUUAAGGAAAAUCAUUUGGAAAUUGGCUUGAUCAGCAUUAUUUCUUUGCUACUCCUUCCUCAGUUAAUGCUGUCAGAAGGGCAUCUUAUGAUGUCACCUCUACCAGGGAUGAGAACCACAAUAACCCAGUUUCCAGAUCUGUGUCUGAUCUUCACACUGAGACCAAAGGACAGGUGCUUGAACCCCAUACUUGUACCUGAUUUAAUUAUUUUACACAUGAACGUAAUAGAAGUCAACUUUUACUCCUUUAAGAAAGUGGGAUAUGUUUCAUUGCAGCAGAAUAAGAUACAAGAGCAAAGGUCAGAUGAAGACGAGUGCAGCUCAUCUACAAGUUCCACAGAGCGCUCAGAGGGGGACUACAGGGACAGGUGGGAACAUCUGUUGUUAAAUUGUAUUGUUAUUUAUAUAAUAAGCUCUGGAAAGUAUGCAUAAACUAAUUUGAUAUAAUUAACAGUUCUUGUUUUAUCUGCAGGAAGUCUGAACCCAAUGAUAUGCAGGAUUUAGUCCACAUGAUGACUCAAACUUUAAGAAUGGAUAUCAGAGACGGUGUGAGCGAUGUGGACAACAAAGACAGAUUUGGCUCAACUUCACUUCCAGAAUUCAAACUGAACAGGAAGUACAGGGACACCCUGGUGCUUCACGGGAAAGCUCGAGGGGAAGCAGAGGACCUGUCACUUGGUGAAAUCCCAACAGGUUGGAUACUUGAAGUUAUCUCUGCUGUCUUCGGUCUACCGGGCUCAAGUGUGUUUAUGUAAAACCAUCUUAUGUCUCCAACAGGCUUCACAUCAGGUCCAGCUAAAGUCAGGAGAGCCAUAGAGAACCUGAGGACAGAUGUGGUGAAGGGGCUGGGGGUCAAGCUGCUGGACAAGGCUCUGGAAAUCAUGGAGGAAGAGGACGACACCAAACGAGAAGUAAGAUCGUAGGAUAAUUUUCCUGCAAAGUUUGAAAAGUAGGUAACCUGUCCUUGGUUUACAAAAUAAUCACAACUUGUCUUUCUUGUCACUGCAGCUGCGCCUGCGUGACCAGAUGGGGGAUGAAAAGUACCAUGCCUAUGCUGUGAUGGUGAGGCAGCUGAAGUUUUUCGAGGAUAUUGCCCUCAAGGUUUAAAGAAAGCACUGUAUAAUAAUCAAGGAGUGAUUGUAUUUUCACACAUCACGGCUCAUGUGUCCUCUAGAGGAAAGCUUCUUGACGGAUCUUUGAGAAGAGAAAAUUCAGUGAUAUGUCCAUGUCCUGCUGCUUGUGGCAUUGUCACAUUUUCUCUCCUGCUUGUAUGUAAAUGAUCAUUUAUGCAUGCAGGCUCUGUGAACUAAUGCAUCCUUUUUUAUACAUUAUUUGAACUCAAUCUGUUAUUUUGAAUGCAAGAGUUCUGUUAGGUCAAAGCACUACUUUUUUUCCCUUUCUGUUGUUGAAAGUUUCUUAAUUUAUAAUGUGAGUCAGACUUUUAAUAGUUGUUUUUUCUUUUCCGAUGCUGUAUUCUAUUCUCAUACAUAAAAUAAUGUAGAUGCACUGUAGAUAUUAACAUUUGAAAUUUUUUAAUAAACCCUGAAUUUCUUUCA